AUGGAAGACCUACCUCUCGCUGCUGAUACAAUAGGAAUGUUGUUCGAGGGCACGGAGUUUCCCAAGGACAGGAGAGAUAUUCGCGUAGGUGGCACCGACGAUGAACACGCGAAUGGUGAAACUGGACGUGAAAGAAACGUGUCGCUCUUGCACAAAACUUUCGACGCCUUGACUAUACGCGGCGGACACACCGGUUCACGGUCUUUGAAGGAGGACAAAGAAUUGUCCACAUCAAGAGAAGACAGGCCCGCUCUCCUGAAGGGAUGGAAGCUGGAAAGCGUAGAAGAGUACGCCAAGCGGAUCGGCAAGGACGUGAAAGUGGUGAGAGCGGAGAUGCUCCGGGACUUCGAAGAGUACCUCGCUAACAAAGCAAAUAACCCACCUAGCGGGUACCAGCUGCCCAUCGUAUUCCGGCCACCGUCGCCGGUGAGCCACCCCCAAGAAUCGCAAGUGACAGUGACCAAAGCGAAACAACACAGUGUGGAGCAUCGUCGGGCGGUUGAAUCGGUUGAACACUACUACGACCAUGCAUCCACGUCCGACGAUGAGAGCCUGGAGCUGGAAUAUUACGAGCUCGUUUCGCCGGAGAAAGAACAACGGGAUGAUACCGUAGCUGACGACGGCGGGAGGGGACGAAAUCCAAGAUCCUCUAUUGACCAUAAGCAGGCGAUCUCACCGCUCGCUACGCCGGACUUUAGAUACCUGGCAGACCGAAACGUCUCCGGCGGGUGGGCGGGAGCGUCGGACCUCGAGUAG